AAAAAAGCAACGUUUUUGUUUUCUUUCAAAAGUCGUGACGUCAACAUCUAACUCAGUCCCAUGAUUCCUUGCGGAGCCAUCGAUAACAACAGCAGCAUCGACUUGCUAAUAACAUCGGAGCAGCGUAUCUUAUAUUCAUUAUAAAAUAAUUUAUCACUUCUCAAGGUUUUGACUCGACGCUUUUGCUUUGGUUAAGGCUGAGACGAUCGGAUUAUAAAUUCACCGAAUAGCAUUGUCAAGUUUAGGCUCUGUGCCUCUGGAUCUCCACAUUCCCAGACUUCUGAAUCACAUCCAUGGACCAGGACUAUGAGCGCCGGUUACUGCGGCAGAUCAACGUUCAGAAUGACAACACCAGCCCCAUGAAAGUAAAAGAUGUGAUAUGUCAUUUGACCCCGACCCCUGAGUCACCGCUGUCAUCACCGAGCAAGCAUGGUGACAGAUUCAUACCAUCUCGAGCUGGAGCUAACUGGAGCAUUAACUUCCACAGAAUAAAUGAAAAUGAAAAGUCACCAAGCCAGAAUAAAAAAACCAAAGACGCAACAUCAGAUACUGGCAAAGCGGAUGGCUUGGCGUAUUCUGCCCUACUGAAGAAUGAGUUGCUUGGGGCUGGGAUUGAGAAGGUCCUGGAUCCUCAGACAGAAGAUAGAAGACUACAGCCCUCCACACCCGAGAGGAGGAGCCUCUUUAGUUAUUCGCUCAGUGCCAAAAGAUCCACUCCUGAUGAUAACAGUGUUUCCCCGUACUCCCUCUCCCCUGUUAGCAGCAAAAGUCAGAAGCUGCUGCGGUCGCCAAGAAAGCCGACGCGCAAAAUUUCCAAGAUUCCAUUUAAAGUGCUAGAUGCACCAGAGCUACAAGAUGACUUCUACCUCAACUUAGUGGACUGGUCCUCUUUAAAUGUACUCAGUGUUGGACUGGGAACUUGUGUUUACCUUUGGAGUGCCUGCACAAGUCAAGUAACACGACUAUGUGACCUAUCAGUGGAGGGAGAUUCAGUCACAUCUGUAGGCUGGUCGGAGAGGGGUAAUCUUGUCGCUGUGGGUACGCACAAAGGUUUUGUACAAAUUUGGGAUGCUACCGCUGGCAAAAAGCUAUUUGCCUUGGAGGGACACACAGCAAGAGUUGGUGCGCUGGCUUGGAAUGCAGAUCAGCUGUCAUCAGGCAGCCGGGACCGGAUGAUUCUUCAGAGAGACAUCAGGACGCCCCCUUUGCAGUCAGAGCGCAGGCUGCAGGGCCAUAGACAAGAGGUCUGCGGACUCAAGUGGAGCACUGACCAUCAGCUGCUGGCCUCUGGUGGAAAUGAUAACAAGCUGUUAGUGUGGAAUCACUCGAGCGUGUUACCGAUGCAGCAGUACACCGAGCACCUGGCCGCAGUGAAGGCCAUCGCCUGGUCUCCUCACCAGCACGGGCUGCUGGCCUCUGGCGGUGGAACAGCAGAUCGCUGCAUUCGCUUCUGGAACACUCUCACAGCGCAGCCGCUGCAAUGUAUCGACACAGGCUCACAAGUCUGCAACUUGGCCUGGUCCAAACACACCAAUGAACUGGUCAGCACACAUGGUUACUCGCAGAACCAGAUCCUGGUGUGGAAAUACCCCUCGCUCACUCAAGUAGCUAAACUGACCGGCCACUCGUAUAGGGUGCUCUAUCUGGCGAUGUCUCCAGAUGGAGAAGCAAUAGUGACAGGAGCAGGUGAUGAAACUCUACGCUUUUGGAAUGUAUUUAGUAAAACACGGUCAACAAAGGAAUCUGUUUCAGUUUUAAAUCUGUUCACCAGAAUACGAUAACUGGGCCGCUAAAACGGAUUGGAUCUUUAUAACAUGUCGUCAAUCACAUGCAGUAGACUGGACAUAAGACAUAAAAAGCUACUGCUGUUUCAUCCACAACACUUGUUUUUGUCUCUCCUGACAUUUCAUUUUAAGUUCAAAUGUUAUGUUUACUUUUAUGUGUACAGUUCAGUUCAUGAUUUUAUGUGAUUGUUUUUGGUUACAAAGAAAUGUCUAUGAUGUAUGACAUGUAUGUUAUCCAAGCCUUAAGCCAGAAACAAUGCCAUUGAAUCAGGGUGUAAAGAAACAUUUAGCCAUUGUGAAACAGCUUUCUCUGGAAUCAUUUGUAAGCAUUCUAAUGAGUGAUCUUUUGAGUGUGAGGGUGGAAAAAAAAAGUUUAUGAAAGAAAAUUCAGUUUUUAACUUGAGUUGCUUAAGAUUGAUAUUGAGUAUUAUAAAACACCCUGAAAAAAAAAAGUGUAUGCUUUAUUGUCAUUUGUUAGAGUAUGAAUGUGAAUUUGCAAAUUCAUCUUUACAAAUUUGAAACAGAAAACAAGGUUUAAUAGAACAGAGUUUGCCAAACUGGGUUGUGAGUUGAGGAAAAGCAAAUAAUUAAAUCAUUAAGAUACUAAAUUAAAAAAAAAAUCUAAAUUAAAAAAUACUUCUAAAUAGUUUUUGUUUACCUACAUAUCGUUACUAUUAAAGGGUUAGUUCACCCAAAAAUGAAAUUUCUGUAUUAAUUACUCACCCUCAUGUUGUUCCACACCCGUAAGACCUUCGUUCUUCGUUGU